UUGAAUUUUUUUUUUUUUUAAAUAUAGAAAUUAAAAAUAUUAAUAAACUAAAUAAUCUGUAAUAGAAAUACAAACGGGAGUCGGGACAGAGACCCUAACCUCUUAACUCCCCCAAAUUUGAGCGCCGCUUCCAGACCAGUCGCGGCGUCGCCCCUUUCCGGCACCACCGGUCAACUGCCGCUCGCGUUCCGCGCUGCCGCUGUGUCGAGGAGAUUGAACCACCGCCGCUUCCAGUCUACUGCGUCGAGAAGAUUGAGAAAAUGGAACGUUUUUUUUCUAAAAAACGUAGAGGUCAACCAUCUUGUGAUUCAGCUACACCUGCUAUUGAAGUCAAUGUAGAAGUUGAAGCCAAUGUAGAAGAUGAAACAAAUUUUGAUGAAUACGUCCGUGAUCCGGGGUUAAGAAAGCCAAUUGAGGAGUUUCCUAUUACUAUUCGCGAUCAAGCACGUAGAGAGUACUUAUCUAUGGGGCCUUGUCAAGUAGUUGGGCAUACCUAUCCGAAAACUCAAUUUGGUAAUCAACUAAGAAGUUUUCAAGAUGUUUGGUAUCAAAAGUUUGUGUGGCUAGAGUAUAGCGUAGCAAAAGAUGCUUGUUUUUGCUUUUGGUGUUAUAUUUUCAAGCAUCCGGAUAAAACAGGUCGGUAUGGAGCAGAUGCAUUUACAAAAACGGGCUUCACCAAUUGGAAAAAGGCUUUAAUUAAAUUUGUAGAGCACGUUGGAGAUGCAGAUAGCUGUCACAACAAUGCUAGAGUACAAAUUGAAGCAUUUAAAAAUCAAAGAGGGAGUAUGGUAAAUAUGUUUAGAUCAAAUGCUUGUGAGGUGAACAUUGCUUAUCGUGCUCGCUUGACCGCCUCAUUGGAUGUUACUCGUUUUUUGUUGAAGCAAGGAUUGUCUUUUCGUGGACAUGACGAGUCAAAUAGUUCUUCAAAUCGAGGUGAUUGUCUAUGUCUUCCACAACAACUCCGUAAUUUCAUAGCAUUUGUUCGGAAUGAUUCUCGAUUUUCAACAAUUACCAAUUUGGGAAGUCUUGCUCAGGAAAUGGUUAAAAGUGGUAAUCAUUUAGUUUUUCGAAUGAUUGAGUUGACAUUGGUUUUACCCGUAGCUACUGCUUCUGUUGAGAGAGCAUUUUCUGCAAUGAAGAUUGUUAAGACUGAUUUGCGAAACCGUAUGAAAGAUGAGUGGAUGAAUGACAGUUUGGUCGUGUAUAUUGAGAAGGAAAUUUUCUCAACUAUUGACAACGAGAAGAUCUUGCAACGUUUUCAGUCAAUGAGUACACGUCGAAAUCAACUGUCAUUUCUUUCUCAAACAGAGACGACUAGCUCGGGUUCGCCAAGUGUCUAUUCAUAGAUUAUUUGUAAUGUAAUAGACAUGGUAAUGAAUGAAACUAUUGUAGGUUUUUAUUAUUGUUGUUGAUCUAAUGACAAAAAAAACAAUUAUUUAUUAAUUACUAUA